AUGGCGCACCCUGCAAAACGGUCAAGGUAUGAUGUUCUUGCCGCAGCUACCGCUCAGUUCUACAACACUACAGGGACAGUACCGGGAAGCCUUCACCUGGCAACUGAUAUCUCCUACCUAGUUACUAAUCAACCGAGUUGCACUAUUGUCGUUGCAGACAUCCCGGAAGGUUGUACAGAAAGGGAUUUGAUUGGUCUUUUCAGCAGAUACGGGCAGAUUAAAAAUGCCAAGCUGGUAUGCAGUGGUCGAGCUGCUCUUGUUGAGUUUUGUGAAAUUUCUCCUCCCACUAGACUUGUCCACAUGGCGAAAAUCAACCCUUUUUGUGUCGGUCCUAAUCGCGUUAGGCUGGAAUUUUCUUCCGAAACAAUUACUCCUGUAAUUGACCGCAAACACCAAUCACAGUCUUCAGCCUUGGACAACAAUGCCCCUACACGCAUUCUUCAUUUAGAUAUUUCAAAUGCUGAAUACCCAAUAACUGUCGAUGUAAUAAAGGCAAUCUGUUCUCCUCAUGGGAACAUCCUGAGAACAUUUAUUGGGAAAAAGAAUGUUGACCGUUCACUAGAAGCUCUUGUUGAAUUUGAAAAUGUUGAAGAGGCUAGAGCAGCCAAAGAGCAGCUUGAUGGUGCUGACAUAUAUUCCGGUUGUUGUAAUCUUACGGUUGCAUAUUCCCGUCUUCAACGUGUUCAUGUGACUCAGAACGAUAGUGAGUCCUGGGAUUUCACUGGUCCAAGUGGCAAUUUAGAAGGACCCCUGAACAAUUCUUCCACUCAGCGUACGCUACUUGGCUCAGUAGCUCCGCCUCCCAAUUCAGCCGUAGCUCCUGCAAUCUUACCACCUCCUGCAGCCACCCCAUUCCCACAAGUGUCUCCGAUGUAUGGCGCACAACCCUACGCUCCCUCCCAAGCACCGAUGGGUUACUAUGGAGUGGGUCCACUUAUUCCUCCGGCGUGCGCUGUCCCUGCCGUGACACCGUUUGCCUCUCCAUAUCCAGGUUACUGGCAACCUAACAUGAUCCCGGCUGCUGGUAUCCAGUCACUCAGGCCACAAGCUUCGACUGGUUUCACACCACCGUCACAAAUCAUAAUACUUCCAACCCCUCCUUCAGUUCAUCAAGUAAAUGCUAGCGGAAUUGGGAUUGGUCAUUCAACAUCAAACCUAUCUGUAUCAACUCCGGCUGCUCGUCAAUCGGACUUGUCAGUUUUUGAAGCUAUUGAAGGUGUAGUUUUAAUGGCCAGCAAUAUACCACAGCGCAUGAAUUGUGAUCAUCUGUUCAAUUUAAUUUGUCUGUAUGGUAAUGUUGCACGAAUUAAGUUCCUGAAGACACGCCCUGGCUAUGCAAUGGUUCAAGUCGGAAACCAGAAACAGUUUCAUCACAGCAAGGUGACGGAGCUUAAGGAACAUGAAAAUCUGGGGACAUUGGCUGAUGGGUCACCAGUUAUGAAAAACUACAUGACGGACCCCAACAACCGCUUCCGAAACUCAAUGGUGGCUGCCAAAAGUAGAAUUCUUGAACCUUCUCGCACACUCCAUUUCUUCAAUGCCCCCCUUAAUUUUAGUCCAGAUGACAUUUGCCGAGUGUUCUCAGAUUGUGGUGCCAUACCUCCACCCCGUGUUGUAAUAUUCACUUCUAAAGCAGGUCAAAAAACUUCUCUUGGAUUGGUAGAAUGGGAUACGUUGACUGAGGCUCUUGAGGCCCUCAUUUUGGCAAAUCAUCGGCCAGUUCACUUAUCUGGAUACGCUCAUCCUUUUCAUCUAAAAAUUGCCUUUAGUCCGAAACCUAUAUCAGAUGACAGAGCUGGCAUUUCUCUGAUACGUUAUCCUGCACCUCCUUUGAUGCCCGGACACCAUGGAUCGUUGGCGAUAAAUGGUCAGCGAAAUGACAAGGCUCCUGGUGGCGGUUCUAAUGGGGAACAAGAGGAUGAAUUAGAUAUUCUGUCGAAAAUGGAGAAAGCCGAAGGUUGUGCAAAGCCUGAAUCAAAGGGUGACUCAGCGGAUGCUAAAUCUGAUUCAACUAAAUUUCCAGAAGAGGAAUCCAAUGGUCCACCAAAUUCGUCGGGAGUGACCGGAAACGAAACUUAG